CUGGAGGCAGCGAGGUGAAGGCAGAUCGAGAGAGAGAACCAGCAACUUUACUCUGAGAACCCAGUCGGCUGAUCCUAUACAAGGCAGAAUGAAAUCCUUCCUCCUCGCCAUCGCUGCCGUGCAGAUCCUCCACUGCUUGGGAGUGCCAAGCAGCAAGGAUGCUCUGAGAGCCUCAGUUGCAAAACUGAAUGAAAUCACCGAGAUCACCAACCUGUGUGCGAUCACCAGGAGAGGUGUAACAAAUACUUAUCGCACAGGCAAACUGUCGUACAACGUGGAUUUGACAUUCUCCGUGACAGAAACCGUUUGCUCCAAGAAUUCCGGGAUGGAAUUUGAUGAUCCCGGCUGCCGAUUCCGCCCCAGAAAGAUCGCUGAGAAAGGAUUUUGCAAUAGUCGCGUGGAAUAUUUUGCUGACAAGUUGGCUGACGUUGAUGUGGAGUGUGAAGGUCUGAAAACCAUUGACAGCGACAGUGACUCAAUAGAAUCAAGUGAAAUCAGCUUCGAGGACACAACCGAAUCAACAGAAACAUCAGUGGAGGAAACAUCAAAUGUUGAUACCCACUCAACAGAGGAAUCGGAAGAGGAUAUUUCAAAUAUGACAAAGUCAAAGGAGACUUCAGUGGAGACGAUGGCAGAUGACCAUGUCUCAGUGGAAAGCAAGUCAAAAGAAACAUCUCUUGAAGAGUCUUCAAAUACAAAAAGCCAGUCAACAGAAGUAUCACAGGAGGAGCCUUCCAACGAACAGGAUGAAGAUUCACGAGGUCGACACUGGGCUUGAAUGACCAAACUCAGUGAGAACACUUGAAGACCUCAAUCAGAUUUAAUGUGUUAUUAGUUUAUUGGCUCAUAUGUAACAUGGGAACCUGGGAAUCUUGACUGUAUAUUUUAUUGUAACUGGGAAAUUCUACUGUUUGUAAAUGUUCCGUUUCUUGUUGUCUAUCAUUUUGUGGAUCAAAUAAAAACUGUAAAGAGAA